AUGUUUACCAUCACGGACAGAAAACCUAAAGAUGAAUAUGUCAACGAAAACGGAUUUAAAAGCAGCAGAGUGGUCAGUAUGGACACUGUAACUAUACCUGCUAAACACGAGAUGGUGGUGAGAUCAAGACUGACCAGAACAACUAACUCACAUGUUGGAGUUCUCGUACCUGAGAAAGUGUUUAUUCAUUCUCACGGAUUAGCAUUAGCGAAUGUUCUCGUUGAUACUUCACACAAAUCGCUAUAUACGAGAUUAUUCAACACUGGUGACGAGCCAGUCACAGUGAAGAAAGAGACCAACAUGGCUGUUUUUGAACCGGUGAAAGAUAUCGGCAGGACUAUUUCAGACGUUGAUAACAUUGCCGAGCACGAUGACAUGUUACCGGAAUAUUUGGUGGAAAUGUACGAACGUGGAUGUACUAACCUUAAUUCUGAGGAACGUGCGCAGUUCAGGCAGUUCUUGAUAAAACAUCAGACCACAUUUGCGGAUCCUAAGGGAAAGAUGAGAAGAAUUACGUUGGGCGAGCAUACUAUAAAAUUAAAGGAUCCCGUACCAUUUAAGGAGGCACCACGGAGAGUGCCUAUAUACAAACGUAAAAUCUUGGAUGAAGAAAUAGCCAAGUUAGAACAACAAGGAUUGAUAGAGCGAUCGGAGAGUCCAUGGAGUUCACAACUUGUUUUGGCCAAAAGCGGGACAAUUCCUGGAGAGUGUGUGUGGAUUACCGGCGACUUAAUGAGAAAACUAUUAAGGAUGCCUACCCCAUUAGUCGUAUUGACGACAAUCUGGACGCGUUGA